AUAAACCUAGCGUCGGGCGUACGUUCACACAAGAGACAUCAUGGCAAAGAUAGUACCACCUAUGAACUUUGGCCUCGUGGAAGACGGGUUCUACCGUUCCGCCCAGCCUUCCGAGCUGUGCUUCUCUUUUCUCGAGAAGCUAAAUCUGAAAAGCAUCAUAUGGGUGGGAGCUGAGGAGCCUUCAGACAUAUUCUUGUCAUUCAUCGAAUCUCAAGGGAUCAAGUUGUACAACCUCGCCCCUCAAACGAGUUUGAACCCACACUUCCCACCUCCGUACACAGAUUCUGGUGUGGUACCUAUAUCUGGCCAAUACCACCUUCCACCACUUCCUCCUCCGCCCGAGCCACUGAUCAUUCAGGCUCUAACUCUCUUACUACGCCCAUCCACUUUCCCAACGUUACUAUGUUGCAAUAUGGGACGUCAUAGGACUGGAACUGUGGUGGGAUGUUACAGAAAGCUACAACGGUGGGCGUUGAGUAGUAUAUUGGAAGAGUAUAGACGGUACGCAGGGAUGAAGGUCAGGGUACUGAACGAGCAGUUUAUUGAACUGUUUGAUACAGACUUGGUUUCAAUAACAGCCGAACAGGUGACAAAAUAGUAACUUCAGGGCCAAGAGGCUAGCAAAAUUCCCCUUUCCUCAUCAGACCAGUGGAAGAAGUCAAGCCGCCACCUUGCGCAACUGUAGCCAAUAUAACGCCUAGAAUGUCUAUCGCCUGAUCAGAAAUGCGAGGCUGCGUCUGCACCGUGCAGCGGCGAUCACUGUGUUGUGGUUGAUAAAAACAUUAUCCAUAAGAAAUACAUACAGCACAAAACCCAAUAUCUGAUGUAUCAUAUAUGCAACUAGAACGCGACAACCUUGGCCUUUGGCUUCGUGACGACUUCGGUCCUGUUCUUCGCCGUCAACGGCACACUAGGCGCCUGAACAACUUCGCCUUGUUGAGCAUAACCCUCAAC